AGUAAGAGCAAAUUUACUAUAUAUAGUAAUAUAAUUUAUUAUUUAUUAAUUAAAAAUAAGCGGGUAACGAGAAGUAUAUUAGUAUUAGAAGUAUAUAGUAUAGUUAAUAGUAUUAACCUCUUUUACGCAAUUUUAAUAACGCUAAGGAAGAUUACUAAUCGAAUUAGCUUUCUACCUAUUCUAACGGUUAUUUAUACUAAUUCCUAUUCGCUAUAUAAAUACUUUAUUAAAUUAGGAACGAUAAAAAAAAAGAGGUUUAUAAUUAAUAUUAUAGCCCUUAAGUAA